CCUAGGCAGAAAUGACAGUAAUUACAAGACUAUUUCAGGCUGAAUUCUCUUGAAACUACGCUAAAGAAAAUUUCAUACUCUAAAACAGUUGGCAAUAGGAGUAAUGGGGGAUUAUCUUCCACCUAAUCCCUUGACAAAAGACAAAGGUGGUAUAUGGGCUCGAAGGGUCAAAGAUGGUUUAAUCACUUUGGGUUCUAAUGAGGAGCCUUCAUUUAGCGACUUUUCUUCAAGUUCAGAUGCACCCAACAUAACUCUAACGAGUGAAUUACUUUUGAAACGUGGUUUAUUUAAAGAUCAAUCAUGUAUAUGCGAAGUUGAUGUGUCUUGUCUGGGUUUGGAGGGCAUGGAGCCCGAUCUACAUCUAAAACUCACCUCCCUAAAAAAACUAGUUGCUGCUGAUAAUACUCUUUCUUUAGAAUGUUUUGAGAAAUUUAAUAGUUUAGUGGAACUGGAUCUUUCGCUGAACCAAAUCAACUCACUAUCGAGCUAUUCACAUGGAUUUAACAGUUUACAUUAUCUCAAUUUAUCAUAUAAUUUUCUCCAAUCUGCGGAUAUUGAAAAACUUGGUUAUUUGCCAUCUUUACGGAUUUUGUAUUUAAGUGGAAAUGAUCUUCGUAGAUUACCACCGGACUUUUCAGAAACAAGUUCAACCUUGGAUGAACGCAUUGUGUUCAAGUUUGCGAAAUUAGAAAUCCUCUAUUUGGAUGAUAAUAAACUUUCAGAUGCACAGGAUUUUGCCAGUUUAGGCACUCUCCCAAGGUUGACAUAUUUAAAUUUGGCAAAUAACAGAUUUACUACUGUACCAUUGUUAAAGUCAACACCGCUAAAAAGACAUCAGAUUACUAAAUCUCAGAAUAAUUCUACAAUUGAAAAUAUACCGUUUUCAAAAUCUCCCACCAGUCUAAAUGAAACUAUUCAACAUGAUAGCUUGUUAAUUGGUUAUAAUGAAAAGGAUGAAGAUAAUAAGAGUUUAGUGAUAAAUGGGAGAUCCAUGAAGACUUCACAUCAUUACAAAUGGAGUUCUGAUGAUUCUUCUGGUUCCAACAAAAAACAAUUGACAAACAAUUUGUGUAAGAUAAUGAACAAACAGUCUUUGGAAAAAACAAAUAAUUUAUCUUCUCUCACAAGAAAGGAGCCUCGGGAACAACAACAAAAUAUAAAAAACUGUUCUCUAUCACUAGACGAACAUAGAAAUCCAAAUGCUCCACGUGUAUGCAUAGUGGACGAAUUUAUUGGUUUAUAUAAUUUGAAGAAGUUAUUUCCUUUAAUUCAUGAUAAGCAAACAAAAUGUAAUCAUCAAGGUGAUUGUAAGUCUAUUCAAUUAGAUUCUGACUUUCAUAUGCACAAAUCAAAUUCAGGAUUACUAUUAACAGCUAAAGAAAGAUCUACACCUGAUCGAACUUUUACAACAGAUGAAUUGGUCUCAUUGGACAAUGAAGAAAAAUGUGAUAUUCAAUCGAAAAUUGUACCACCACCAUUUCAAUCUCUUCAGUCUAUUGAUUUAUCCCAUAAUAGGAUAUCCUGCGAAGAACACCUAUUGCCUAUUGCUGUAUGGCCAAAAUUGAAAGAAUGUAUCAUCUAUGCCAAUCCUAUCAUAAGUAAAUCAUCUAGAAUUCCCCCAUUACUUGAACGUUUAUUAAUACAACAAUUACAUAUUAAUCUAUGUCGAAAUCCAAUUGAUAAUCCAAAUUUAUUUGAAAUCAAGAAUACCAGUUUAUUGGAAAGAAAUGAAUUAAAUAGCUGUUUGCAACAUAUAUCACCUGCACAAAAUCAAAAUUUUGGGAAUAACGAUAUCACUACUGUUAGUAGUGGUACUAAUACAAUGAACAGGUUAUCUCAUAAAAAUAUUCCAAAAUAUAAAAUGGCAUUGAAUAAAGAUAAGCAGGGUAAAUCAUAUAAUUCCAGUAUGAAACCAGUUGUUAUUCGAUAUAAGUUAGGCGAAUCAAGUUUAGAUUUAGGUCCAAAGAUGAUUAAAUGUAAUGUAAACCAACUAUUAGAUGAAAUGAAAAUAUCAAAUCAAACGAACUUAGUUAAUCCAUCACAAUUAUCACUACCAGCUACAACAGCAACAUCCAUAGCAUCAGUUAAAUUAUCAAACUUAUCUAAUUCAUCAACCUUAAAUGAUUCAUUUCAAGAUAAUCCCUCAAUGUACAAUAAAAUUUCACAUUCUCUACAGUUACCUACUAUUGAGAGAUAUAAAACUUUUAUUAAAAAUGAUUCACAAAAAUUAGAUCAAAACUUACCAGAAUUUUUGGCAAAUCUUCAAUGUGACGAACAGAUUGAAGAAGAAAAUGAGGAUAUGAAUAAUUUUUUUACAACUCAAUUAUCAUCAGUAAAUACAACAAAUCCAACAGAACAUCAUACUUCAAAGUUUAGUCAUUCUGAUUAUAAUCAAUUUCAUCAACAAAAUAAUACUGAAAAUGACAAUGAUCAAUCAAAUGAAUAUUGUGAGGAUAAAACACUAAUUAAAUGUCCAACAACUUCAGGACCGUUAUUAUCUAAUUUAGAAUGGAUUAUUGAUGAAAAACGUCUUCCAAACAGUAUGCAAGCAUGUUUAAGAGAGCUACGUUAUCUUUUACAACAUAAACCUACAGUUCAUACACAUAGUUAUCAACAUAUCAUCCGUCCACCAUUAACACUACCUGGAGAUAAUCAUCAGUCUAUAGAGUACUCAACAGCAUCAUUAUCAUCAUCAUCACCCAAGUUGAUAGAAAAUGUAAUCAAUUCUAAGGUUCAAGUUUCUUCAGAAAAAUCAUGUAAUCAAAUAUCAUCUAAGAAUAAAAUACCUCCAAGAAAUACCUCGUCAUCAUCGUUAUCAUCAAUGAAAUUGGUUCCAGUUUGUAAUGAUUUAGAAAUUCUUCCUUCAAAACUUAAUUUAAAUCAAUUUACAGGUUUCACUGAAAUCCCAUUGACAAAAGCUUUGAAGGAUGAAGAAAUUCAAAAGAGACAAUUGGAGAAAAUAAGAGCUAAACAAAAUCCUCUUGCUAGAAAAUUGAAAUUAGUAAAGAAUAGUAACCAACCAAAACGUACAAAAUUAAAAGGACCUAAAGAAUUAUUCGAACAAAUUCAAGUAAUCUAUUCAAAUGUACGUGAACAAGCAAUUACAGAAGCAUUGAAUACAAUAAAUCAGGAUUUCGAUAAGAAAACUGAACAAAUUUGUCAAAAUAUUUAAAUGUUUUAAUACCGCGUUAAAAAUAUUUGAAUUAUAUAUUAUAAUGAUUGUGGUUUACAUUUAUUUUAAUUAAAGAUUUUAUUUCAAUUAUAAUAAACUAUCAUAUUUCUA